AUGGCACAUCUAUUCUGGAACCUCCCAGACAAUGAUGACAUGUUGAUGUAUCCAUGGUUACUCUGGUUUAUUUGGAAAGCUCGUAAUUACAAAGUUUUCUCAAAUGAUGAUCAAAAUCCGCAGGAAGUAAUGGAAUCUGCGAUAACGGAAUCCCGGGCAUGGGUAGCAGCACAAACGGUAGCAGACGGAGUAUCCAAUAUCUCCAUCAACUCCGGCCACGUCCCACCGGGAGAGUGGUGUCAGAUUGAUGGAGCAUGGAAAGUGACAGACAGUCGGGCUGGACUUGGAUGGUACAAUUUUGACCCGGAUUCGGGCUCUGUCUGA